AGGCUAAUUGCCUCCAGACAAAAGCAGGCCUACUAUUACAACCUCAAAGGAAAAGCACUGCCUGAACUACAACCUGGUCAGAUUGUCAGGAUGAAGAAACCAAAUGAAAAGACCUGGACUGAAGCUGUUUGCAAGAAAAUGAUUGGACCACGAUCCUACACUGUUGUUUCUGGUAACCGCACAUAUCGUAGAAAUCGUAGACAAUUACGUUUGGUUCCAACCACCGAUCAAGCAAUGUGCAGUCCUGUGAGCAGUAAGCAGUCACGUCCUACAGAUGAUAGUCAGGUCCUCACCUAGUGUGCAUCACCCACUAAGAAUUCUGAAGGACCCAAACCUGUUUCAGCUGAUUCAAGCACAACAGCUCUUCCUGCUGAUUUGGCAUUCAGUUCGGCCAUCACAAGGAGUGGCCGCACUGUAAGGCCUCCAGUCCGUUUCCAAGAUUACAUGACUUGA